AUGAACGCUGGGUUCGAUAACGUUCACACCGCCGCGAAGGGUACAUGUAGAUGGCUAUUUCGUCAUGAGAUAUAUUUGGAUUGGGUCACCUGCCACCAAGGCCUUCUCUGGAUCAACGGUAAGCCAGGAACGGGGAAAUCAACGUUGCUAAGAUAUGUUCUUGAAAAUCACCAAACUGUAUCCAGCGCUGUGACCAACCACAUUGUUCUCUCUUUUUUCUUCAGCCGCCACGAUGUUGAGCUCCAAAGAACUCCGCUCGGUCUCUAUCGGUCUCUUCUCUAUCAAAUCCUCAAGCAGACCCCUGACAUGUUGCCAAAUCUCAUCAGCACCUUUAAGAAAAGACGCAAGGAGAGCGGAGAACCGGGAGAAGCAUGGCAAUGGAGCGUGGAAGAGCUGCAAGACUUCUUCCAGUUAUCUCUCUCAUAUGUCUUAAAGACUCACCAAGUUUGGUUGUUCAUCGAUUCGUUGGACGCAUGUGGUCAAGAAAACGCAGCCAAUCUAACUCGUGAAUUAAAGGCUUUAGUCCAUAUUCUCUCGUCUGGAGGCUUGAACGAUUUCCAUGUGUGCUUGACCUGUCAUGGCUACUUGAACUUGGACCCAGACAGUACGUUGCAAAUAUGCCUGGAGAAUGAGAUUCAAGGCGACAUUUUAUUGUACACGCAAGGCCAAAUUUCCGCAUCUUCUAUGCUAAGCGCAUCCGAUAUUGCGACUCUCAUUAUACAUAUUGCCAAGGGUGUUUUCACUUUGGCCUAUCUCCUCGUGAACCAAGUGUUGGAACUUGAG